AAUGUGAUUCAAAAGCAGGGGAAACGAGUCCAGAGUGCUAAUUCUCGACCAGUCGGCCGGCCUCCUGGAAAGAGCAAGGCUUCAAGCCUUAGGCAGACCGCUUGUGACAAAGUUAAAGCCAGCAUCGAGACUAUAACUACUCCGAUUAGCUCCAAUGAUACUCCUCCCACGAUCUGCCACUCAGCGCUGUUGACUUCCGGAGUUUCGGCUCGCAAACAGCCCUCUAGACUAGGUAGGCCGCCACUUAAGUCCUUAAAGCAGAAGCAACUGCUGCUGUUGGAUGAACAGGAACAUAAGCCUCUGAACAAAAGGUUAAGCCGAGCGACCACGCGUGUUAGUCUUGGUGGAGUUCGUGGUGCCCACAUUUCAAGUAUGGGUACUUCUUUUACGGAAGCCGAGAGUGAUUUUGCAUCUGUCUAUAGACUGGACGAGAAACCUUCGUCUGAUCACAAUUUUACCGAUAUUCCUGGGUCCCGUUUAGUCUUGACUACAUCUGCUGCCUUCAAGACGGAUGAAGAGCUCAAAGUGGAAGAGGGAGAGAAAGAGGAGAAAGAUCGAAGCAUUCCGAAGCAGGAGGUAGAACGAAAAGAAGAAGGGAGGAUGGAAAGUGAACUUGAAGGAGGUAGAGAAAUUGGAAAACAAUGCUCCAUGAGGGAAAGUGCUCUAGACGAACCUGGAGAGCCAAGCCAGCCCUCAACUGAUAGCGAAGAGGAUAUUUGGACCACGAGUGAAGAUGAGCCAGGGGAGGAUAUUGAUGAUAAUGAUAACUCAGGGUACUCCACAUUCUGCACCAAUUCAUUUAAAAGCGGAGAUAAUCUGUUGAUUCAAGUAAGGAAGGCAGCGGAAAUGGCAGCCUGUCGAUUAAAGAGGAGUUACAAAAAUCUUCAGUCGACAGCUACCAGGAUCGGACCUAAAAUUGUAUAUCUGAAGGUAUGA